AUGAUCGUGACGGUAAUUCAAUUCCUGACAGUGUCCGUCCUCUCGCUUGCGGUCUAUCGCCGUUUGCUCCACCCACUGGCCGCCUACCCUGGUCCAUUUCUGGCCAGCAUCAGCAAUGUCUGGAAAUUCUACCACUACAUGAAGGGCAACCUACACGUCGUCGAGCAGCAUCUCCACCAUCAAUACGGCCCCAUCCUUCGCACCGGCCCCAACACGCUCUCCUUCUCUGACCCCGCCGCCUUUGAAUCCAUCUACGGCUUCAAUCAUGGCUUCGAAAAGGGGGAAUUCUAUGCCUUCGCCCGUGAUGCCACUACCGGUGCAUCCAACACAUUCUCCGCUAGAACUCACGCCGAACAUCGUGAGCUGCGCCGCCAAGUUGUCGGUGCCGCCCUCACCUCCUCACAUGUCCACAGUCCUUGGGAAAGGGCUAGAGCGGCUUCUUGCGAAAAAGAUGUCCUGGCUUGCAAUCACAUACAAGGUGUUAGCAAGCCAACAGUUUGGAGCUCUUCCACUUCGGUCCUCAGUGGACCUAACAACAUGCCUUACCCACGACGUAGAACAAGCCCUAAACAACAACCUCAAAGCCUCUCUUCUAACAGCAGAUGUUAAGGGGGCUUUCGACGGACUACUACCAGGCAGGCUUUGCGCGAAGGCUUCGCGAGCAGGGCUGGCCAGACAAUCUUGUCCGCUGGGUACAGUCCUUCACAACGAAUAGAGCUGUCCAAAUACGCCUAGACGGCGAGACAGGCCCGCUCACAAGCGUCACAUGCGGCCUCCCUCAAGGCUCGCCUAUCUCACCAAUCCUCUUUAUGCUAUAUAUAGCGCCUGUAUUUUGGCUAGGCCGCCCGCUACGUAGGUUCGGCUAUGCAGACGACAUUGCACUCCUAGCAAUCUCUCAGAGCACAAAGGACAACUGUAUAUCUCUUCAGCAAGACCUCCAAGAGAUCCUCGACUGGGGAGAGGCGGAGGGCAUCACCUUUGACCCUAAGAAGUCAGAGCUUAUCCACUUCUCCCGGGGCCGAAGGCCUAUAACAGUCCACAACCAGUCAGUUACCUCUCGCUCUCACCAUGUACAGCCUGCCACAACGCUCAGGUGGCUAGGAGUGUUCUACGACCGCAAGCUUGACUUUAAAAGCCAUGUCAAGACCCUAGCACAAAAGGCAUUAGUAGUAGGCAACGCCCUAAAAUCACUUGGCAAGACAACUCGAGGGGUACCUCCUAUACUCCUACAGCGAGCCGUUACAGCGUGUGUUCUCAAGAAGGGCUAUUUCGCUGCUGAGACCUGGUGGCCUGGCCGCUACCGCACUAGCAAUAAUAGAAGGACGUCAAACCGUGUCAACUCACACAUCCAGCUCCUCGAGAAAGUAGUAUAUAGCGGAGCAAGAGCCAUUCUCCCAGUAUACCGGACAACCCAGCUUGCAGCAUUGCUCAAAGAAGCUCAUAUCCCCCCGCCCGAAAUCGCACUUAAUCAGGCGACACAGGCCUUCGCAGCCCGGACAGCUAGUCUUGACCCACGUCACCCUCUCCAAAAGCGAGCCACAAAAGUAAUUCAGCUAGGCAGGCCGACAUCCCGAUUCGCUAGAGCUAUCCUAGCCCUCCCAGCGCAUGAGAUAGUCAACUCUAUUGCCCUCCCUCCCUGGCGGAUGCGAGAGCCGAAUGAUAUAGCUGAGGCAAGAGUUUACGGCCCUCUUGGUCGGACGAAAGAGCAGGCAGCGGAGGACUUUGAGGAGUUCCUGCCAUCUAUCCCGCUAGGAGACAUACAAGUGUUCUCAGACGGCUCAAAGCAAGAGGCCAAGGACGGAGCAGCUGGCGGUGGCUUUGUAACCUAUCAGGGUGGCCAACAGACUAGCUACAAGGCCUUCCCACUAGGCUGCAACGUAGAGGUCUACGACUCUGAGGCUAUUGCAGCCCUCCGAGGAGCACAAGCAGCCCUUGCUGCCCCAUCCGCAAGGUUCUCAACUAACCUCUGGGUGUUCCUUGACAACCUUGAAGUAGCCAAGCGACUCCUAGGCGACACUAUCAGCUCAUCACAAUGGGCCUUUGACGAAUUCAAAGAAGUAGCCCGUCAGUGGCCUCUUCGUACAAAACUAGCACACCUUCCAACCGGGGAACUCAAGGUCCGGUGGGUCCCAGGGCAUGUGAAUGUGCCUGGCAACGAGGCCGCUGACAGGGCCGCAAAGGAGGGUGCUAGCCUACUAGCCUCUCAGGACAGCAUCUGUUCUCUAGCGUCCCUAAAGCGGCUAGCAAAAACAGAGGCGACUAGAGCAACCGCUAAACUCUGGUAUACUACAGCCCCGCAACACUACCUUGACCUAAUGGUCCCGUACGAAAAGAACAAAGACCUACUCUCAAUAAACCGCGGAGCACUUGGACGAAUCCUUGCAGCCCGUUCCCAGCACGGAGACUUUGCAGACUACCAUACACGGUUCCACCACGAGGACGCUCUCUUAACCUGCUCUUGCGGAAGAAGAAAAUCCCCGCUUCACUUCUACUUCUGCCUACUAUUAAACUGUAAGAAGCUACACAAAGGACGCCCAUCAAUCGCAAUCCCUUGGCUACUUGGAACUACCCAGGGCUCUAUCAAACUAGCAAAGUGGUUUACAGACUCCAAGUUCUACCAAGAAGUGUGUAUAUCACAUACACAAAGCUCUCCUACCUUAUAAGGGAGCCCUCAAAAGUCUACUAGUUUCCUUUUACUCUUCUCUUUACUAUUCUCUCAUUUACUUUAUUCCAUUAUCAGAGGCGGAGGCAGCGGCGAACAGGGGCUAGGAUCACAGGCUGGAGGAUCAUGCUGCAAAGAGGUGGCAGCACUACUGUUUUACUUCCUCAAGCGGACAAAACAACAGCUAAAGCGUACAUGUAAACCCCGCUACAGCCUUUAAACUCUUAUAUAAUCUAGCUAGCUAGACAGGAAGCCAGGGGCCUCCCCCCCCUGGCGUCUUUUGCCCCAACGGGGACUGAAGGGCACGUGACUUGCGUACGUGCCCGCCUAGACGUUAAAUAGACACACACACACACACUCCUCACAUGUCCACUCCUAUCGGCCCAUUGUCGUGAAACAUGCCCAGCAUUUUAUUUCCAAGCUCUGCGCUGAGAUUCCGACGAGCGGAGAAGGAGAUGGCGUCGUCGACAUCGCGAAGCCGAUCCACGCGCUCACCUUCAACACUCUUGCUGAGAUGAUCUACGGCCCUGCUUUGUCCAGCGAGCCGUGGACCGAAACAGCCCGCGGGGCGGGAAUACUUGAAGUUUUUCGAGCCCUAUCCAAAGUCUCCUGGGGCUGCUCGUAUAUCCCGUUCCUUUCUUGGCUCAUGUCAACGGGACCUAUGAUAAGGAUGACUCGUAAGCCCACCUUCAGCGCGGCUGGCCUUCCAACAGGCAUAGCCGCGCUGGUAUCUCGAACACAACUUCUAUUACUCGACGAACCAAAUAUGGUCCUAACGGCAAACCAGCCAAGUAUUGCAAAGAAUAUGUUGACCUUGGAGAAAGGAGUGUCAAGAUACAAUGAUUCAGACACGGUGUGGAGAGAGUGUUUCAAUCUGUUGUUUGCUGGACCGGGCAGCACGGCGGCAGCUGUGACGGGAGUACUGGAGAGGUUGGGGAGCGAGGAAGGAAAAGAAUGGCAGCAGAAGAUACGGGAUGAGCUUGGCCAGGUCAAUAACCAUAGUGACAGCGAGGUCCUGUCUGCCGUUAUUCGCGAAAGCUUGAGAUUCUCAGCCCCAUUUCCAACAGCCUUCCCCAGAAAAGUUCAUCUGGGCGCCGAAAAGGCUAUUCCUGGGGUCAACAGGCCUCUGCCCCUUGGAACUCUUGUCAGUGCAAACAGCUGGAUUGUCAGUCAUGAUGAAAGAACUUGGGGUCGUGAUGCGGGAUCAUGGAAGCCCGAACGUUGGCUUCACACGGAAGACUAUGCGGGGAAACGAUCAAUGGAUGACAACCUCUUGGUCUUCAGUAAAGGACCACGCGGGUGCAUCGGCAAGGACAUUGCGAUGACUAUCGUGACAGAAGCAGUGGCAGGCGUUGUUGCCAAAUGGCGAAUUGAGAAGGUAGGUGAAAUGGAAAGUGGUGGGUGGCUUGAGAUGCAGAUUGGGUGGUGUGGCAUGCACUUUACAAGCAUUAUAGCCUGA